AUGCGCGCCCACCGCCUUCCCGUCCUCCUCGUGCACGCACUGUGGGCCCUGCUCCAGGCGGGCGCCGCGACGGUGGCCACCCUGCCCCUAUGGACUCCAGGGCAGCCCUCGUCGCCGUCCCCUCUGGCGUACAUGCUGAGCCUCUACCGCGACCCGCUGCCCCGGGCCGACAUCAUCCGCAGCCUGCAGGCGCAAGAUGUGGAGAUGGAUGGGCAGAACUGGACCUUCGCUUUUGACUUCUCCUUCCUGAGUCAGCAAGAAGAUCUGGCCUGGGCUGAGCUCCGGCUGCAGCUGGUCAGCCCCGUGGACCUCCCUGCCGAGGGCCUGCUCACUAUUCAGAUUUUCCACCAGUCCAGGCUGGACCCAGAGCAGCACCCAGCUGCCUGCCCAGAACGUCUUCCAAUGGAGCUGUUCGCUGUCACCCUGUCCCAGGUUACCUUCUCCUCAGGCAGCAUGGUCCUGGAGGUGACCAGGCCACUCUCCAAAUGGCUGAAGGACCCUGCGGCCCUGGAGCAGCAGAUGUCCAUUGUGGCCCAAGAGUGCCGGCAGCACUCUCCCAGCCUACCUGUCACUGUUGCUGUUGCUGUCACUGAUGUGCUCCUCCUGCUCUACUCCAACCUGUCCAGGGAGCAGAGGCGGCUGGGUGGUGCCACUCUGCUGUGGGAAGCUGAGAGCUCCUGGAGGGCCCAGGAGGGCCAGCUGUCCCAGGAGAAGGCCCGGAGGCACCGUCGGCAUCACCUGCCGGACAGAAGCCGGCUGUGCCGCAAGGUCAAGUUCCAGGUUGACUUCAACCUGAUUGGAUGGGGCUCCUGGAUCAUCUACCCCAAGCAGUACAAUGCCUAUCGCUGUGAGGGCGAGUGUCCCAACCCCGUGGGCGAGGAGUUCCACCCCACCAACCACGCAUACAUCCAGAGUCUGCUGAAACGCUACCAGCCUCACCGAGUCCCUUCUACCUGCUGUGCACCGGUAAAGACCAAGCCGCUGAGCAUGCUGUAUGUGGACAACGGCAGGGUGCUCCUAGAGCACCAUAAAGACAUGAUUGUGGAGGAAUGCGGCUGCCUUUGA